AUCAGCCACGGUGCUACAGACUAUGCACUGACAGACAGACUUCAAUAUCCACAUGUUUUCAAAAUGAUGCCAAAUGACCGUAUCUAUUACACAGUUGUAGUUACAUUUCUGAAAUACUUCAAAUGGAACUGGGUUGGAAUUUUUUCCUCCGAUGAUGUAACUGGAGAGACAGAGAGCAAGGUUCUCACAGACUAUUUGGCCAGUAAUGAUAUCUGUGUCGCCUUCCGAAUAAAAAGUAAUAUUGAUUUACAUAAGGAACAAAUCCUUGAAAGAAAUAAAAUAAUAAUGAAGAAGUCAGGUGCUAAAAUAAUCAUAAUCUGUGGUUCCCACUCCCCUGCAACUUUUUCUAGGUUAACAUUAUUACUUGGGAAAGUUCAUGAUAUGAUUUUAAUUUAUUCAUCAUCCUAUUUUUAUAGUAUUGAAAAACAUGAAUUGAGCUUGCCAACCUUUGAUGGAAGUUUCACAUUAACACCUUCCAAUUGUAAUUAUUCGUGCCCUUGGAGAGUAUUUUCUUUGGAUCAUCCUUCAAAAUACCCAGAAGAUAAACUUCUCGAACAUACUUGGAUUAAAGGGUUAACGUGUUUAUCAUUAAACCAAUUAUCUGAUACAUUUUAUUCAAAGUUAUAUAGGUUAUCACUUAAAAACUGCUCUACCAAAUAUCAAAAGACAUUUUCAGAACAUGAAUUACCUGCUACAUUUUUAUCUCGAAUGAUUAACGGAUUGGAGUCCUUAGUUAAGUCUUUGCAAGCAACGCUGUUUCAUAAUAUAAGACUAUUUAAUAAAACAUUAAAGAACUUAAGUUUUAGGCAUCAG